GCGGCAGCACAUUUUCUGAGUCGAGACUUUAGAAAGAAAAGUGAACCAUGAGCGGAAGAGGCAAAACCGGCGGCAAAGCCAGAGCGAAAGCAAAGACCCGCUCCUCCCGUGCCGGGCUCCAGUUCCCCGUCGGUCGUGUCCACAGGCUGCUCCGCAAAGGGAACUAUGCUCAGCGUGUGGGUGCCGGCGCCCCCGUCUACCUGGCGGCUGUGCUGGAGUACCUGACCGCUGAGAUCCUGGAGUUGGCUGGAAACGCUGCCCGUGACAACAAGAAGACCCGUAUCAUCCCCCGUCACCUGCAGCUGGCUGUCCGCAACGACGAGGAGCUCAACAAGCUCCUGGGUGGAGUCACCAUCGCUCAGGGCGGCGUGCUGCCCAACAUCCAGGCUGUCCUGCUGCCCAAGAAGACCGAGAAGGCCGCCAAGAAGUAAACUGCUCUGUCAGAGACCACCAACACAAAGGCUCUUUUAAGAGCCCCCCACCCGCUUCUCAUGAACAGCAAUGAUCCUCCUCUGUCUCAUAAUACAACCCACAUGAGUUUAUACUCUACAAAAUCACUUUAUUUCAUUAAAUAUGAUAUUGCGUCAAA